CUGUGGUCCCUGCAGUGUGCAGUUCACUGCCUGUGCUGUUGUUAUAUAACAGUGAGAGACAUUGAAGGGUCAUGCCAAUGAAUGUUGUUUUGGACGGUCCGGCCCCCUGGGGGUUUCGCCUGACAGGAGGAAAGGACUUCAACCAGCCCCUGACCAUCUCCAGGAUCACACCAGGCAGUAAGGCCGCCAUAGCCAACUUGUGCCCUGGUGAUGUCAUCGUGGCCAUCGAGGGAGUUCCAGCCACAGACAUGCUGCACUGCGAAGCCCAGAACAAGAUUAAAGAGUCCACCAAUCAGCUCCGUCUCUCUGUUGAAAGGAAUGAAGCAAAACUGUGGUCACCACGUGUUGUGGAGGAAGGCAGAGCUCACCCAUAUAAAAUCAACCUGGAAGCGGAACAGCAGGAGUAUAAACCUAUUGGCGCUGCUCACAACCGGAGAGCUCAACCAUUUGUUGCGGCAGCGAACAUCGAUGACAAGCAUCAGGUGGUCAGUGCCACCUACAACACUCCUAUAGGCCUUUACUCCGCUAGCAAUAUCCAGGAUGCAAUGGAGGGCCAGAUCCGAGGCCUUGUCCACCACAAGCCUGAGAGCCCCAGGGCUUUGACCAAGAUAGAGGAUUCUGAUGUGUACCGGAUGUUACAGACAGACGAGGAAGAGCCCCACGAGCCUCGGCAGUCUGGCUCCUUCAAAGCCCUGCAGGAGUAUAUUGAGAGUGAUGGCACUCGUCCCAUUGUGACCAAGACAGUAAAAGCCCCCACAACCAAGCCAGCACCGCCCACAGGAAACCUGCAGAAACUGCCCAUCUGCGACAAAUGUGGGAAUGGCAUAGUUGGGACAGUGGUGAAAGCGCGGGAUAAAUUCCGCCACCCUGAUUGCUUUGUGUGCGCCGACUGCGACAUGAACCUCAAACAGAAGGGCUAUUUCUUUGUGGAGGGGCAGCUGUACUGUGAGACUCACGCUCGUGCCAGAAUGAGACCACUGAAGGGACAUGACCUCAUUACAACUUAUUCUUCUGCAUAGAUUCUCCUCUUACAAGCACAGAUACAAACACUCACACAGGCACACACACUAUAGUAAACACUUCUAUUUCCUCCCAAGUGCUCAUCUACAUUUUAAUGUUGUCUGUGUGCAACAACAUUUUAGCAAGAAUAUACUUUUUCUGCAUAUAACAGUAUAUUGUUCUGACCUGUAAAUGACCUUUGUGUAGGAACAUUUUACAGGGCACACUUGAACAUGUGUUGUUUCAUGACCCCAGCAGAAGUGACAACAAAACACACUGAGAACUGUCACUUUCAUCGUGCUAGUUUCUCACAAUUUGAUGUCUUUGCAAUAAAGGGGAGAGGAAUGUU